GUCACCACCACAUUAGUCGCACCACAUGGCUACUUGUGAAAUGGAUUUAGACGGCGUUUCACUGAUUGACUCCGCCGAGAGAAAAGUCAAAGAGAAACCUCAAUUUCACAAGCUUUACUUCAACAGUUUGGUAAGCGUAGAGAUAGUGUCCAAGAGCGAAACGCCGGUCACAACUACGCGAUUUGAUGUUGUAAUUCGCGACCACGAGGAUAAUCUGGUGUUUAAGAGUAAUGGACUGCUUCAUGACCACUACAUGACUUCCACGGAGGCCGAGGUUAGGGCUUUGAUGCGUGGUCUAGAAGAAGCCACUAAAUUGGGGAUCAAUCACAUCUCUAUAUACUGCCGUCUACCUCCUAUUUUCAAAUACACUCCCUGUGAUGAAGAAGUGCACAAAAAAAAGAAUAGAUUGACUAUGUCAAUGCUUUAUCAAGCCAAGGAAGCUAAGAAAGAUACUUGCGGUAUCUGUAUGGAAGACAUUGAUCCUGAUCUCAUGUUUUCUGCAUGUGUAUACGGUCAUAGAUAUUGCUUAACUUGUGUGAAAUCACAUAUCGAGGUGAAGCUUCUUGAUGGAAUGAAACCGAACUGUCCUCAGCCUCUCUGCAAGUGUCAGCUAUCUAUGGCUAGAUGUGGUGAGAUUUUGAAUGAAAAGCUGAGUUUGAUGUGGAAGCAGAGGAUUAGAGAGGAUUCAAUACCUUAUAGCCAGAGAGUUUACUGUCCAUACCAAAGGUGCUCGUAUCUAAUGUCGAAAACCGAGCUUUCUUCUUCAUCUGCUGAAUAUGGACGUAGGAGAUGCUUCAAAUGCGGUGGCGACUUCUGUAUUCACUGCAAAGUUCCGUGGCAUAGUAAGCUAACAUGCACCAGGUACAAGAGAUUGCAUACUCAAAAUGAUGAUGCAAAGCUCAAGUCAUUAGCAAAUCUUAGCGAGUGGCGUCAAUGUAGCAAUUGCCAACACAUGAUUGAACGUUCUUCCGGAUGCGACCACAUGACUUGCAGGUGUGGAAGUUCUUUUAACUAUACGCGUGGAGCUAAUGGAAUCAGCUUAACCGACCAUAGAGCAUUCAUUACUAGGUACAAUAACCAAUUCGGGAUCAGCCACAGAGAAUUCGAAAACCAGCUCGAAAAAAAUGAAGAGGGAUUUGAUACUGAGAUCUGGUGGGAAUAUUCAAACGAAAUGGGAAGAUUAUUCAAGAUAGAUCUCGAGGGAUCGGUUUACAAAUGCAAGCACUGCGAAGUUGAAUUCGUUGUUUACGGAGAUCCUCCAAUCGAUAGGAAUCUGCUAUUUCAAUAUCCGCCUAGCCUUGGAAAACUAUAUUGCAUCACCAAAUGCUACAAUGUGGUGAUUGAUGCUGAUAUAAUGGAAUUCACUGUAAAUGGAAACGUUGACAAGUCUAUGCAUCCAGUGUUCUGUAUCGGUUGUGGCUCUCAUGUCGGCAUGUACUAUGAAGGCGCAGAUGAUACAGUGAUGUACAAUGAAGGAAAUUUCUUCAUCAAUAGGUUUAAGCUACAUGGACCACCAGAAGGAAGCGAUGAUGAGAAUCCAUCAAACUAGGAAGAAUAGUGUUUUUGAAGAAUGCAGAGGCAGGAUUUAUAGAUUCUCUGUUUCUUCUCUUUAUACUUUGCUACUUUCUUUUCUUAAAUGAUUAGUCCUCGAGACCCUUAUUUGCUCCAUUCUUUUCCGGGGUAAAAGACAUUUGUAAGUAGCAGAAAAUAUUCAUUUUUCUUUGUGUUUUCUUUGUAGAACCAUAAAAGUCUCUUCUUUGA